AUGGGUUCUAUACAAGUCGACGAGAGGGAUGAUCGAAGCCCAGCAAACGGCCCUUCUGCUGACACAGUGUCUACCGGAGAAGCUGACGCUGAGGGCUUCUGGUCUUUCAAGAUCGCCGGUCUUGCAUCCGAUCAACCCAACACUCCAACGGGUCUAAGAGAGGAAAUCUUGCUCGUCGCAUGGCUUCUCGUUCUCCUACGAACCCAAGACGAUGGUCAAGUCUGGUUUGAUUGGGCUUACGAAGGGCGAGGAAAUGGUGCUCUUCACGAGCCUGUUAAAAGACGCUUGGUGAUGGAUGAAUUAAUUACAGGGUUACAAGACAAUAUCGGACAAGUUGGUGCUCGAAUUGCUCGCCACAUCACGGCAUGCACCCAAACUCAGCUACCUGAAGGCUCCGGCCCUGUUUCACUUCUGUUGAGCACCAGUUCCCUGUCUCAGAGGCCUGAAGAAGCGAAUGAUCAAUGUACGCUGCAUCUUCAAGUACAAUUUGACCAUGGCCGUCUCAAAAUUCGCCCUGUAUGGCAGACAGAGAACAUGUUGCAAUAUACCAUGACACGACACGUUAGAGCACUGGUCGAUACCGUCAAAAUGUGCAUUUUGAAUCCGGACCAUCCCAUUGAAAGUUGUAUUCGGCCGACAGCAGCUGAUCUGGAUGAAAUAUGGAAGUGGAAUUACCCGCUGCCCCCUUCAUACAACUUUUGCAUGCACGAUGUGAUUGCCCAGCAAGCCCAGAUAUUCAAAGACAAGUUAGCAAUCUUAUCCUGGGAUGGCAGCCUGACGUAUGCCGAAGUGGACCGAUAUUCUACAUCCAUAGCCUACUCGCUGAAAGAAAUGGGUGUCGAGUUGCAUGAUGUCCUACCCGUGUGCUUUGAGAAGUCAAGAUGGACCAUCAUUGCCGUGCUUGCGGUGAUGAAAGCAGGGGCCACUUUCGUGCUGAUGGACCCAACCCUUCCGCUUGCUCGCCUGCAAACCAUGGCGAAACAGGUGGGAGCAAAGACGAUGCUUACAUCCCGGAAACAACACGACUAUUCGGCCGCAAUCCUGCCCGAGGGGAAUCUCAUGGUUGUGGAAGAGAACUCAUUCAAGCACGUCUCAUGCUCGCAAGUGACGCCCAAAUUGACAGUCGUUCCCCCAUCUACUCUGAUGUACAUAAUUUUCACUUCUGGAAGCACCGGGGUCCCGAAAGGAGUCUUGAUUUCUCACGAAACCUAUACCAGCAGUGCCGUUCCUCGGGCGGAGGCAGUCGGCUAUACGGAGCACUCCAGGGUUCUUGAUUUUGCGUCGUAUGCUUUUGAUGUCAGCAUCGACAGCAUGCUUUGCACUCUUUCGAAGGGCGGAUGUCUCUGCAUUCCCUCCGACGAAGAUCGGAUGAACGACCUGAAUGGAGCAAUGCGGAGAAUGCAAGUCAACUAUGCUGGCCUGACCCCUUCGGUGGCCCGCAUAUUGGACCCGGAUGUUGUGGCAUCGCUCAGCGCCCUUGGUCUCGGAGGGGAGGCAGCCACCGCAAGAGAAGUGACACGCUGGGGCCAAGUCACGAGGAUCGUCAUAGGCUACGGCCCAUCCGAAUGCACGAUCGGAUGUACCGUCAACAGCAGCGCUGCCACCGGCAGGGACUAUGUAUCCCUUGGGAGAGGCAACGGGGCUGCCAUAUGGAUCGUCAACCCCACUGACCACGAAUUGCUCAUGCCGGUCGGUGCCGUGGGCGAAUUGCUUGUUGAGGGUCCUAUUGUGGGACAAGGCUACUUGAAUGAUCCCGACAAAACUGCGGCAGCCUUUGUCAGCGACCCAUUGUGGCUCACCGCGGGCCAUAAUAGCUACGAAGGUCGGCGGGGCCGCUUAUACAAGACUGGAGAUCUUGGGAAAUAUGAUCCUGAUGGCUCUGGAGGCAUUGUCUUCAUUGGGCGAAAGGACACGCAAGUCAAAUUACGUGGACAACGCGUCGAGCUUGGAGAAAUCGAGUACCAGCUCAAAGCCAGACUCCCUCCAGGCACCAAUGUGACUGCGGAGGUGAUCAUGCCUUCAGGUUCUGGAGGUCAACCUACGUUAAUGGCGUUUAUUGCAUUUCAGUCUAUGAAAGGACAAGACACUACUGAUCUACUAUGGGCACAUCCCCCUAAGGAUCUACAGGAAAUGCUGUCAGCAGCUGAUGCGGAUUUAGCCAAGGUGCUGCCACGAUACAUGGUCCCAACCGCAUAUGUACCGGUCAACUUUAUUCCUGUGAUGAUAUCAGGCAAGACCGAUCGCAAAAGACUAAGGCAGUUCGGCGCCGCAUUCGACCUGCGACAGUUAGACCAAGGCACAAUUAACACCGCUUCUCGACAGCUGAACGACCUGGGGCAACUGGUGCGGCGGGCCUGGAGCCAGACAUUGCGGCUCAAUCCAGAAACCAUUCGGCCUGACGACAAUUUCUUUGCACUAGGCGGUGACUCGUUAAUGGCAAUGAAACUCGUCUCUGUUUGUAGAACUCAAGGUCUCGAUGUCACCGUGGCGAACAUUUUUCGCUGCCCUACGCUCCUUGCGAUGGCCGACGUGGUCCAAACCUGCCGCUCUCAAACAGGGCCGGAAACGCCAGCCUUUUCGAUGAUCUCCCAGGAUGCUGAGAGUGCCUGUGUCGAAGCGUCGCAGUGGUGUGGCACAGAUCCAGCCGCCAUCGACGAUAUCUACCCCUGCACGCCAUCCCAAGAAUCGCUUUUUACCUUCUCCAUCAAAUCAACACGAGCGUAUAUUGCUCAGAGAGUCACCUGUAUUCCGUCACAAAUCAGCCUUGAUGCCUGGAAAAGGGCUUGGGAGGAGGUUGUCGCGGCUAGUCCUAUGCUGCGCACUCGCUUAGUGCAACUCCAGGACCCCGGUCUGCAGCAAGUUGUGUUGAAAGAAAGCAUAUCCUGGAGAUAUUCGACUGAUUUAGCGCAAUACCUUGAUGAUGACCAGAGUGAGAAGAUGGCACUUGGUCAAAGUCUAGCUCGAUAUGCCAUCGUCGACAACUCAAAGGAUGACAAACGAUACAUGGUCUGGACCAUUCACCACGUCCUCUACGAUGGGUGGUCCGAGCCUCUGAUACUCCGGAAAGUCAGCAAUGCCCUGCAGGGUAAGCCAAUCGAGCCACAAGCCGAAAUGAAGGACUUUGUCAGAUAUGUGCGAGAUGUGGAUGAAGUCGGCGUUCAAGAGUUUUGGCGGCAGGAAUUGGAAGGAGCCGUUGGACCUCAGUUCCCGCGUCUGCCCUCUAGAGACUAUUUGCCAACUCCCGACGGCAUGCUUGAACAUCAAUUUGCACUUGAGACAAACCUCGGAUCAACUUUCACAAUAGCUACAUUGAUCCGUGGUGCAUGGUCGCUCGUCGUGUCACAGUAUACAGGAAGCGACGACAUCGUGUUCGGCGAGACGCUCACAGGUCGAGACAUUCCUUUAGCGAAAGUCGAAAGCAUUGAAGGCCCGCUGAUCGCGACUUUACCAUUGCGCAUACAUAUCAACCGAACGACUUCUGUACAAUCUUACCUACAAUCUGUACAGGAAGCCGUACUUGUCCGCACACCCUACCAACAUGUUGGAAUGCAAAACAUCAGAAAGGUUAGCCGGGAUGCUCAACAUGCAUGCGAAGCCGGCACGGGCCUGGUCAUCCAACCAGAACCAGAGUAUGUCGGCACCGAACUUGGUUUUGGGCAGACGGAUAUCGUACAUGAAGCGCUACAUUUUAACCCGUAUCCACUUAUGUUGGCUUUUGGAACACAAAAAGGUAGUUUGAGAGUCUGCGCGAGCUUUGACACCAGCCUAAUUGGCGCCGCACAAAUGAAACGAGUACUCGCCCAGCUAGAGACGGCCUGCUUGCAGUUGACGAAGGAUCAUUCCCGGAGAAUAAGUGAGAUUUCUUGUCUGCCUGAAACGGAACUCGAUCAAAUCUGGCGCUGGAACAAAAUUCCUCCGUUGUCCUUGGACAAGUUUUCCGGAAGGCUUCGAGCAGAUGCCAGUAUCAAUCAAGGAUCAACAUAUCCUCCUGCGGUGGUCCCUUGGGUAUGUAACCCACAAAAUCCAUCCCUCUUGUCGCCCAUUGACAGUAUUGGCGAGCUUUGGCUUGAAGGGUCUUUCUUUGCAAAUGAUACCACUUCGUCUCCGACCUGGCUUCGGGCUGGAAGCUCCACUUGUGCUGGUCGAUCCGGAACAGCGCAACCGACCGGCGACUUGGUCCAAUUACGAGACGAUGGCACAUUUAUUUUCAUUGGUCGAAAGGAGAAUCGCUCAACAAUCCAGGGCCAUGUAAUGGAUAUCGCAGAUCUUGAAGCUCAUGUCACAAGACAUCUUCCUUCAAAAACCCGAGCCGCUGCAGCGGUACUCCAAUCGCGACUGGACGAGAGUCAGCAGUCAGCCGAGCAUGAAUUGGUAAUUUUCGUCGAGCAACAGCCUUCUCAGGAAGAGCAUGUUCAGCUCAUGGUAGCAAAACAUGACAUAACUUACGAUGCACCUGGCCCAUUGAGAUUACACCUGACUAUCGAUGCUACGAUUCCUCUCGGCCUUGCUAUUGCCCUGAAAAAGCUUCACAAAUUCAUCCAAAAUUCUUUGCCACCGUACAUGCUUCCCUCUGCGUACAUCGUGGUUGAGAAAAUACCGACGGAGAUGGGACGAGUCGAUCAUAACCUGUUAAACCAGCUAGCAUCUAGAAUUCCUAGAUCUGUGCUCACCACCCUACAGGAAAACUUCCAGGAGGCAUGGAAGAAAACCUCCACGCAAACAAGCUUGACCACCCCAGAGACCAUUGUGCGGUCUGCCUGGGCGAAGAUACUUAGAAUAAGUCCAGACAAAAUUGACCCGGACGACAACUUCUUCCGCCUCGGAGGGGACUCUGUGCUGGCCAUGAAAUUGGCGUCGAGUCUUCGGGAGCAAGGACAUACUCUGACAGUGGCCGACAUCUUUCAGAACAUGAAGCUUCGCGACGCGGCUAGAGUGUUGAAAGUGGACCAGGUGUCCAUAGAGAAGACGCAGGAUUACAAGCCAUUCUCGAUACUGCACGGAGUGGACGUUGGACCGUUCUUGUCCGACGUUGUCCGACCGAAGCUAGCUGAUCCACGUUGGUCUAUUCAAGAUGUCCUGCCAGUAACCGAGUCUCAAGCGGUCGACGUCAAGGCUACAAUUCAGGUCCCGCGAACAUCCAUACAAUACACAAUGUUGUACUUUGAAAAGGGCAUCAAUCUAGACAAUUUGAUCCGCGCCUGCAACGAGUUGGUCACGAUUCACGACAUUCUGCGCACAGUCUUUAUCAAGCACGAGUCGUCGCUCUUUCAAGUUGUCCUGGUGAAGCUGGAAUCGCUGGUGACCAUUCAACACUCCGACACAGACCUUGAACAGUACGUCGCCGCGCUCUGCAAGGCGGACAUAGAAUCAAAUUUCCGCCUGGGGUCACCGUUCCUCAAAAUGUUCCAUGUCGAGGGUACAGAUGGCAAAGGGUGCCUCAUCAUAAGACUGUCCCAUGCUCAAUACGAUGGCAUCUCUUUGCCCAGGCUGCUUCGAGAUUUGGAGGCCUUAUAUACAGGAGGAACAGUUGGUGAUUGUAAGCAGUUCUCCGCUUACAUGGGACGACUUGACAAUGAACGCGUCAAGAAACCAGCGCUGAAUUACUGGCGCAAUCUUCUGAACGGCUCAAAAUUAUCGAUUUUGGAGGGACCGUCAGCACGGCACGCGACAAAAUCGAUAUUCCUAACCAAGCCCGUCGACGUUUCCCGCCGUCCCACGGAGAUCACAACAGCGAGUCUACUGACUGGAGCAUGGGCACUCGUCCUAGCUCGCCGUCUCCAGCAACCUGAUGUGAUAUUUGGCAGCAUCACUUCAGGCCGCAACAUGGACAUGCCAGACGUGGAGAAAGUCAUGGGUCCGUGCUACCAGUUCACACCAGUUCGAGUGCCAUUCGAGGCUGGAUGGACGGCGAUGGACCUCCUGCGCUUCGUGCAGAGGCAGAGUGCCGAGUCUGCAGCCUACGACUUCCUCGGUUUCGGAGAGAUAUCCAGAAGCUGUAAUACGCAAUGGACGACGACGUCGUCAUCGUCAUCACACUUCUUCUUCGACUCCGUCGUCCAUCACCAGGAUUUCGAGGACUUUGACACAAUGCCCUUUGCGGGAGGGGCUUGCAAGGUGGAGAUUCAGAACCCACACGGCGACGCGGCUCAUCCCCUGAAGGUCGUCUCGUUUGUCCAGAGUGGGCAGACGCAUGUCGGUGUUGUCGGGAGUGAAAGUGAUCAGGCCUUCAUUGAAUCGCUCCUCGCUGAAUUGGCCGCAGCUAUUGAAGAAAUUUCCGCCGAUCGACCAGAGAUCCUUCUGCUUAAUGGCACAUGA